CGCGCCCGUUGCAGAAGUACGGGAGAUCCUCGCCGUACGAUAACUGGGCCACAACAUCUUGCAGGUGUCCCGAACACCUGCACUUCGGUGCGGAUAAGAUUAGUCUCCACAUCAAGGUGAUUUGCACCAUCGACAGAUGUACCGUGGUAUAAAAACAUGCGUACCCGAUCCUUGGACAGUCAAGUGCAGAGUGCCAGCGAGUAGACCAUUCGAGUCUCGGAGAAGAAGCGUGAGAACAGCGCCAGCGCAACGACCGGCUUACACACAACCAACUACCGUCCGAAGAUGUACCGAUUCGCCGUUCUGUUAGUGGCCCUCGUUGCCAGCAGUAGCCUUGCGGAGGCGCUGGUGACUCAUCCCUGCUCCAACGGACGUCCGCACCCGGACAGCGUGGAGAUCACCGGCUGUUCACAGAUGCCCUGUGAUCUGAUUCGUGGUAGCGAUGUCGGAAUGCGUCUAGAGUGGGCAGCACCUUUUGCCGCCCAAACGCUGCAGUAUCGUGUGGUGGCUACGGCUCUCGGUAUUACCGCCCCCUACGAAUUGCCACCGGAUCGUGCUGCUGCCUGCAACUGGCUGUCUGGUUCGGCCUGCCCUAUUAGCCAGGGUGAAGACAUUGUCAGCACACUCAGCAUGCCGGUAUUGCCGAUCUACCCGUUGGUGUCUCUAGUCGUAGAACGUUGCUCCUGUACAGACCGUGUCCUAUCAGACGAUGUACCCAACAUCAUUCAACACGCAACAAUGAUCCGUGCCAUUCUUCUGAUUGCACUCGUGCCGGCCCUCGUGUACGGUAACGUUGGCCGUGCCUGCACCGGUGGACGUCCGCAGUCCACCAAUGUGAACAUUCAGGGUUGCAGUGCUCCACCGUGCGAUCUGGUUCGUGGCCAGGAUGUGAUCGCAUACAUCGAUUUCACCACCGACCGCGCUGUAACUUCCAUGAGGACUGUCCCGACGGCCACCGCCCUUGGCAUUACCGCACCCUACCCACUGCCGGCGGAGUUCGCCGAUACCUGCGCAUGGCUGGAGGGCUCCAGCUGCCCACUCAGUGCCAACGAGGACGUUACCUACCGACUAACGAUUCCGGUGCUGCCAAUCUAUCCGCUGGUCAGCCUGUCCAUCGAGAUCGAUAUUGUGGACGAAAACGAACAGUCUGUCACCUGCUUUGUGGUUGAUGCUCAAGUCGUUGCUGCUAACUAAGUGAUAAUAAAUGCUAUUAUACUUUAAA